AUGAGAAAGAACUCGUUGCUACCUAAUUUCUAUGCCUUUAUUUUGAAAUUAAGUCAUAACUUAAGUCGUUUUAAAAAUCUUCAUCAGCAUUGCAUUUUUUCAAUUAAGGCGAAUGUUAUGGGCUUACUUGAGAGAUGUUUAGAAAGUAAAGCCAUGUUAAAGCUCCAAAUGGUCUUAGAAAGCAUUGAAAAUAAUAACAAAAAAAGAACAAAAUUAACUCAAUCAAGUAAUUUUCUUCUUCAUGAUUAUUAUUAUUAUGAGAAUUUUAUUGCUUGA